AUGAAGUCUCUUGGAGCUGCGGUGAUCUUGCUGUGGAUGGGUCUGGGUGUGGUUACUGCAGAAAGCGUAUCAAUCGAACACGGACAUGAAAGUUUAACCCAAAAAAUCUGCCAGCCUGACAUCCAUGCGGUGCUGAGAGAAAUGAGCGCCAAGAUAGCAGAGCAGCAGGCGGAGCUCAGACACAACAAAGAACAACUGCAGGCCGUGGAGAAGAGGGCAGAGGCCGUGGGGACUGGGCUGAGAGCAGAACUGCAGGAUGUGGAGACCAGGCUGAGAGCCAGUGAGAAAACGGUGGAAGAACAGAAAUUAGUCAUCAAGGAUCUGACGGAGAAACAGAACGAGCAGGCAGCAGGCCUGGGAGAGGUGAGAGGCAGCCUGACCCUGACAGGGAUCCAGGUGGAGGAGCUGAGGAGGGACAGAGAGGCCAGCAGGGUGUCUUUCUCUGCAGCACUAGGGGAUGGAUACUAUGGACCGUUCGAUGUCGCCACCCCCCUCGUUUUCAAGACUGUCUUCACCAACGUGGGAAGUGCCUACAAUGUAAACACAGGUGUGUUCACAGCUCCAGUGCGAGGCGUCUACCACUUUGUCCUCUUUGUGUUUGGAGAUGCCAGUGCAACUACCUGGACAGGGGCCUCACUACAUCACAACGGCAAACAUGUUGUCAUUGCGUACGACGCUCAGGUGAAUUCACAUCAUGUUAAACCUGCCAACGGAGCCUCUCUGCUGCUGGAGGUGGGAGAUGUUGUCCAAGUGAAGCUGUCGUCCAAUUCAUGGGUGAGGGAUACUAGAUAUCGCCACACCACCUUCUCUGGACACUAG